GCUGUUCACAAAAGUCACAAACGUGGAAGUUUGGAAAUUCUUGUCUUUUUCACAUCGAGAAAAACACGUCAAAAUUUCAUCAAAUUAGUAAAUUGUAAGAAAAUAUUUCGAAACGCGUGCCACGACGUUAAAGCAAUGAAAUAAAACGACAAACCCACUCAAAAUAUUGCCAGAGACGACAUUAUAGUAGAAUUCUGGUGAAUUAACCUAGGCGAAAAACUCUGUGUAGUACUCUUUGGUGAACAACAGAAAUUAAGUGGUCAAAGGUGAAUUCAUGAUUGGCACCAUGUCCAAUUCCGCUGCAGGCCCAACCAAACAGGAUAUUGAGGCAGUGUUUCACCGCCUACGUGCCCAACCUGCCAAUAAAGCUUGUUUUGACUGCUCUGCGAAGGCACCCACUUGGUCAUCAGUUACAUAUGGCAUUUUUAUAUGCAUUGAUUGCUCUGCAGUACAUCGCAACUUGGGUGUCCACUUGACUUUUGUACGUUCAACAAAUCUGGACACGAACUGGACGUGGUUACAGUUACGUCAAAUGCAGCUUGGUGGCAAUGCGAAUGCAGCACAGUUCUUCAGGCAACAUAAUUGUGCUACCACCGACGCCCAGCAGAAGUACAAUUCGCGUGCGGCCCAACUCUAUCGCGACAAGUUGGCAGCUAUGGCACAGCAAGCAAUGAAAGUGCAUGGCACGAAGCUACACCUGGAGAAUACUGCGGACAAGGCCGAUGGAAAUGAGUCAAAAUCAACCACUGACGCUGAGGAGGACUUCUUCGCUGAGUGCAUUAAUGACAAUAAUAAGAAAACACUAUUCGAAAACAAUAACAGUGAGCAGGAUGUCAAGCUCGACAUUCUACCAAAAGCCCUUACUCCGACGCUUUCUAACGACAAACCAUCGACCGAGUCGCUUAGUGUGGGAGCUCCUAGCGUAGACUUUCUCAAUUCCGUUGUACCACCGACGGCUGUUACACCUUCUAUAGGCGUGCGAAAGAUACAACCAAAAAAAUCAGGCUUGGGUGCUCGCAAAGGUGGUCUCGGCGCUACCAAGGUGAAGACAAAUUUUGCCGAAAUAGAGCAACGCGCAAAUUUGGCCAAUCAAUGCAAGGAAGCGCCGAUAGUGUCUGAUAAGACCAAAUCUGCUGAAGAGGAACAAGAGUCAGUGGCUAGCAUGCGUUUGGCAUACAAGGAUCUAUCCAUUCAAAAGAAACGCGAGGAGGAUAAAUUGAAAUCCAUCGACCCAGCUAAAGCAAAACAAAUGGAGCGUCUCGGCAUGGGUUUCAGUUUGCGCGGAUCGGAUGUCUCACAUUCUGCUCUAAGUGAUAUGCAAACCAUAAAGCAAACGUCUGCACCCAAGAAUGCACCAUUACAAAACAAAAGUUCUAAUAUCGGCAACAGUGAUGAUCUAGCAGACAUUGAUAGCGUAUUUGGCGAGUACUCUUGUGCGCUAUAUAUCGACAAUAUUGGCAUUGGUGGCGGCCGCAGUGGUAGUAGUGCCGGCAAAAGUUCGAAAAUAGAUAAAAGUGAGCUGGAAAUGAUGGGUUUUGAGUCGAUAGAGUCAAUUGGUGGUGGACAUUCCAAUAUAACGUCGAUGUUCGCUGGUGGAGAUAGUGAUGCUAAGCCAACAAAGACUACAAAGCCAGCACAGUCUGCUGGCGCCUAUGCAUCUAAGUCACAAGUGAAAUAUGUCGAUGAUACAUCGGCACAACAGAAGUUCGGCAGUGCAAAGGGUUUCGGUUCGGAUCAGUUUUUUGGCAACGACGCAAAUCAAUUAGAAAGCAGGAAAGCUAACUUGUCGCGUUUCCAAAACUCUGAUAGUAUAUCAUCAUCGGAAUAUUUUGGUGGGAGCAGGAACGGACCCGACGGGUUGGGAAAUCGUGAUUCGAGGGGCUAUGCCACUGGCGUCAACUUCCAGGCACCCGAUUUGGAUGAUGUUAAGGAAAGUGUUCGACAGGGUGUACACAAGGUUGCUGGCCGUCUGAGUUCGAUUGCAAAUGAUGUUAUGUCAUCGAUUCAAGAUAAAUAUGGCUACUGAUAAAAAGUGUCUGGGCGUGUUGUGCUUAGACGCGGUUUCCAUUUAUUAUACAUAAUUAAUAUUUUCGCUUCAAAGCGUGCGAAAAAGCGUACAUUAUUGUUCAAAUUAAAAAUGAAAACAAAGAAAAAAGAGAAAAAUUCAAUUAUAGGCCUUUAAAUUCCGAAAGAAAAACAAAAACAUUCAAAUAUGUAUUUAAAAUAAAUAAAGCACAGCAAAUAAAUUGUUUUCUAAACUGCCUAAAGACACUCGUAAACCAACCCAUGCGCCCAUUUACACAAUCAAAACCAAGAAAAAAAUGAAAUGUAUAAUUCCUUUUAAAUGCCAUCAGACCUAAAUUAAUUCCGCGCCAUUUGAAAUUUCAUUAAAGUGCUUAUAAUCCUUGAGCCACACGCUUUUGCGAUUACCUUCAAUUUUGAUUUUUGCUUACAGCUAUCAAUCGUCAUCUAUCAGCGUCAGCUAUCAUAAGUCGCAAUAGGCGCUAUUUUCGAACGUAUUUAGCAACUUAUUUCCAAAAUAAAUUUCACGGGUAGCAAUGCAAUGUAGAGAACACCAUUAGUGUAUAAGAUGAAAAUCAUAUGCGUACAUAUUCAACAAUACCAUAUACAUACAUAUAUAAGAGAUUUUAAAUCGAUUUCUUUUAUUUAAAAAAUAAUUUCAAUAUCCAAUUGCUACGAGUAUCUGUACCAUUUUGAGCUUGGCCACCGAAAUUGGACUUCGAAAUUUUUAAUUACACGUUUUGGAUCUUCCACUUAAAUCCCUUUCUCUUUUUUACUUUUGUUUGUUAAUCUUUAAAUGCUCGAGAGCUUAAUAUAUUACAAAGGGGAUACAUUUUUUACACUAUACUAGAAAAGUUAAGUGUUAUUGAUUAAAAUUAAUUUUUGUCAAAUAUUUUAUGAUAUAUUACUAAAUUAUAUACAUACAU